CCGAUCCUGGCUCUUGGCCGGAGGCUGACCCUGGCUGGCUGCGCCCGAAUCCAGGCCAAGGAGCAGGAGGAGAAGGCCAGGCCUCGGCCGCCCCUUCCCGGCCGGGGACCCCCAAAGCAGGCCAGCCAGGCCCGAAAGGGCUGUUGUGAGACAGGGAUGGUGCCUCAGAGAUGCUUGUGAAAGGGCUCUUGUCGCAGCCUGGCUUCCUGGGUGCAUUAAGGAGGCUUCGUCCCAAACGAGGGCUGCUCAUCCCAGGACAGACGUGGGCAGGGGCUCCAUCCAGAAUGUCCCUCGCCGAAUCGAACGCAGGACUCCCGGAGGUGCAGCCCUGCUGCCACAAAGCCACCGCAGCGCUCAAGGAGGAGGAGAAGUCACCCCCCGGCCCCGACCCUCUGCCAGCCUUCCCGUCCCCCGGUGCAUCCGUGAUGAGGGUCUCCCGCACUGUCCACCUCUACCGUCCCCCCGGGGUCCCCUCCGGCUCCAGUCCCCUGGUCCUCCUGCUGCCCUGGUUUGGGGCUCCGGCCCAUGCCCUGGCCAAGUACCUCUCCCUCUACGUCUCGCGCGGCUGGAUGGUGCUGGUGGCUGAGAGCAGCGUGGGGCACUUCCUGUGGCCCCGGUGGGGCCUGGACUAUGCUGCCCAGGUGCUGGGGCUGCUCAGGGAAGGGGGGCCCUUGGGGGGCCACCCGCUCCUCAUCCACGCCUUCUCCAUCGGCGGAUACACCUUCGCCCAGAUGAUGGUCCACCUGGCUGAACACCCCGAGGAGUAUGCCAGCGUUCGGGAGCGCAUCCGGGGUCUCAUCUACGACAGCCUUGUGGCUGGGAGCCUGGCAGACAUGGCAAGGGAAUGCAAGACAAGUUCCCUGCAGAGUCAAUGCCUGCUGAGGACCAUCAGUUCUGCCACCUCAAAGGAGAGCCUCAGCGCUAGCAUGCCAGGAGCUACAAACAAAAAGCCAUUGCCGUUGCCGCCUGCCUUGUGUGGCCAGGAUGACCAGCUCAGCCGUCCUGCGGCCGUUCAUCCACCAGGGGACGCUCCUCUACUUCCGCCUCUUCCGCCGCUGCACCGUCGCCUAUUACGAGGCCGCCCUGGACAUCUUCCACCAGCCGCCCCUCCGCUGCCCAGUCCUGGUCUUCUUCUGCCACAACGACCCGCUGAGCGACGCCAGAGUCAUGCAGCAGCUCCUGGACGCCUGGCGGGUGGGUGGCAUCGCUGUCCAGGUGCAAGAGUGGCCAGUCUCCCACCAUGCCGCGCACCUGCGCCUCCAUCCGCAGGACUAUACCCAGGCCCUGGACACUUUCCUGCAGGGUCUGCCCUUGCCCCCUCCCAGGCUCCAGGCAAAACUUUAGCCGGGGGAAGCCAACAGACCCUGACCCACAGAAGUGGAGGAAAGGGUCAGAACAGGAAUAGAGGGCAGGGUUGUGGGAUCAGGUGCCCCCACGCCCCACAAGGAGGCAAUAACGUUUUCCAAAACCAGCCCCAGGGGUUGCCAGGCUUGACCCUGAAAUGCUAGCAGAAAAUGGCACCCAAGAAGGGGAGAAGGAAUAUUCCUAAUUGCAGGAAGGAUCUCUUCCCCUUGUGCCGCAUGAAGGCAGAAGCCAGAUGCGGGCACCAAAAAAGCCAAACUUGGCACUGACUCUCAGGAAACCAUAACACAAUCAUCAUAGGACCAGGAGACGGGAGAGUCCCGCCGGGACCAGCCUCUUUCCUAGUGCAUUUUGAAAUGCAAGUGGCAGCUGCAGCCAAGCCAGAACCACUCUCACUGUGCAGAGGAAGCAAGGGAGGGUCAGUUCCCUCUUCUCUCUCCAGCACAAUUUCCACAAUAAACAAGUUUGGUAGUUGGAGGGAAUGCUGUGGAUGUACUGUAUCUUCAUUUAAGUAAAGCCUUUGACAAGGUCCCCCAUGAUAGCCUUGCAAAAAAUGCGGCCUGGAAAACACAACUGUUAGGUGUAUUUGUAGUUGGUUGACUGGCCAAACCCAAAGGGUGCUCUUCAUCCUGGAGAGAAGUGACCAGUGGGGUGUCCAGUGGGCUUCUAUCCUGGGCCCAGUGCUAU